GGUACGGCGUCGCGUUGGGGCCUGGGGCUGCCAUGCAAUUGUGAAACUACGGCACUACGCCUGCACGCCUGCAUUCAAGGCUGAGGGCUAGAACAUUCUCAGCUGUCCUGUGAAUAAAGAAUAGGAUCUUAAUCCACAUCUGAAAAUGGGGAAGAAGCAGCAUCAGAAGGAUAAACUGUACCUGACGGCCACCGAAUGGGCCACUCAGUACGGCGGCCACCGGCCGGCGCGGCCCGAGCAGCGCGAGUUCCGGCGCCUGCCCUACACGCACUGUGCCCUGUCACUGCAGCCCUUCGAGCACCCGCUCUGCACGGCCGACGGCCACGUGUACGACCUGGUGCACGUGGUGCCGUUCGUCAGGAAGUACAAGAUCGACCCCAUCACCGGCAAGCCGCUGGAGGCGAAGGCGCUCAUUAAGCUGCAUUUUGCCAAGAACAAAGAAGGGAAGUACCACUGUCCUGUCCUGUUCAAGGUCUUCACAGAAAACUCGCACAUCGUGGCUAUCAAAACCACUGGCAAUGUUAUGUCAUAUGAGGCUGUCGAGGAGCUGAAUAUAAAGCCCCAGAACUGGAAAGAGCUUCUGACUGACGAGCCGUUUACUAGGAAGGACAUCAUCACCAUACAAGACCCGAAGAAUCUAGAGAAGUUCAAUUUGUCAGCGUUCUAUCACAUAAAGAACAAUGUCAAGGUCGUGGACGAGGAGGCGGAGAGAAGUAAAAUCGAUCCCGCCGCACGGCUGAAGAAGGUGAACACCGUGACCAAGGAUGUGUUGGAAGAACUCAACAGGGAAUACAAGCCGACGCAGAAGGUCACCAAGGAGCAGAGAAAAGCCGACAAGUUUAACGCCGCCCACUUCUCCACGGGCGUGGUGGCGGCCGGCUUCACGUCGACCGUAAUGGAGCCGGUGCUGCAGCACGAGGCGGCCGUGGUCGACGACGACACGGUGCGCUAUCGGCACGUCAAAACCAAAGGUUAUGUGCGACUAAUGACGAAUGUGGGCCCGCUAAACCUGGAGCUGCACUGCGACCAGACGCCCAAGGCCUGCGAGAACUUCAUCAAGCACUGCGCCAGCGGAUAUUACGCCGGCACCAAGUUCCAUCGGUCCAUCAGAAAUUUUAUGGUACAGGGCGGCGACCCGCUGGGUACGGGCGAGGGUGGCCAGAGCGUCUGGGGCGAGCCGUUCGCGGACGAGUUUCGGCCCAACCUGAGCCACACCGGCCGCGGCGUGCUCUCCAUGGCCAACUCGGGACCGGGCACCAACAAGUCACAGUUCUUCAUCACAUACCGGUCGUGCAAGCACCUGGACAACAAGCACACGGUGUUCGGCGGCUUGGUGGGCGGCCUCGAGACGCUCUCGGCCAUCGAGCAGGUGGAGGUGGACAACAAGGACCGGCCCAUCGAGGACAUCAUCAUCACCGCCUGCCACGUGUUCGUCGACCCGUUCCAGGAGGCCGACCAGGAGGUCAGUAGAGUGGAGUGGAUCCGCGGGAAAGCUGAAGAACCGCCGCCUCAGGCGCCGAAGAGGAAAAAAGAGGCCGGCUACGACUUUGGCAGCUUCAGCUCGUGGUGA